UCCUUACCCGCAUCUGUUUCGAUGUGCAGAUUGUUGUCGUUUUUCCACUCUGGAUGCUCAACGACUGGAAGUAUUUGAUUUUUCUUCUGUUUUUCCCACUCGUUAUCGAUAGCAAUCAGACUGAAUCAGUAUAACUAACCGAUUGUGAGUAUUCAUCGUGUAAGAGUGGCAUCCGUGUCUGACGGCUGCGACGGCACUCGGUGGCGCGGGGAGUUGCUCGCUUUGCUUUCAAGUGCUGCGUAAAGCGUGCUGGAGCCUGGAAGCAUGGCGAAUAACGGGGAUUUGACGCCCCAGUGCCUGCAGUUGACGUUGCUGCCUGAUGUGUCCCGACGUCAGGAUGGCCAGCCAUCUCUGCAGCAGCUGCAACAGAGUGAAGACGAUGUUGGACAGCGUCUGGUGUCGAUUAUCGAUGACGAAUCCUGCGAUGUGGCGUUUCGCUUGUCCGCCGCGCUGGCACUGCACCACUACGUCCAGAAGCACUGGCCGGCGCCCGACAAGACAGCCACGGACCUGCAAAUGUCCGCUGCCAGCUGCGAAUUCCUGAAGCAGCACUUGGUCCCUCUCAUGAACGGCGUCCCGCAGAUCGUGCGGUACAAUAUUAGCGAAACUAUCGGCGUUAUUGCCAGGAUUGACUUCCCAGAAAAAUGGCGGAGUUUGCUGCCUGAUCUCACAGCCGUUUUCGACACAGGAGAAAUUGAUCCCAUUCUGGCUUCGCUGCGCACCGCUCACGGCUUGUUCAAGCACUAUCGUACAGCUGCCAAAUCAACAGCCCUGUGGGAGGAGAUUCUCCAUGUUCAGCGUGAAUUGAGUUCCCCGUUAACAUGGUUAUUCGAGUAUAUUGUACAACACAUCCGGCGUCUGGAGAAAUUACCCACGGGCUCUGUGAAGAAGGUCUUCCAGAUCCUUCUGCUGGGCUGUCAAAUCUAUCACAGCUUGAUCUUCCAGGAAGUGCCGGGUAGGCUGGUGGCGCAGUUGGGCGGUUGGCUGCCGGCAUUUGACCAGCUACUGCAUUAUGUCAAUUACGAACUGCGCAGCGGAAAUGAGGAUCAGCCGGGUGUUCUCCAGUGUAUCAAGGCGGAAAUCUGUGAAAUUCUCAGCAUGUUGCUUGCCGAGAUUGUCCAUGAAGUGGCUCCUUAUGCGGCGUCGUUCGUGCAGACGGUUGUUACGUUGCUGAAGAGUUGCACACCGCUGAUGCGGGACGAUCGGCUGGUAUGCCGUGGCAUGGAAUUCCUGAGCCGAGCGUUGGCACAGAAUACGUAUAAAUACCUGGAUGUAUUUGGUGAACAGGGCUUGCUGGAGGACGUCUGCGAGAGGAUUGUCGUGCCCAAUAUUCAGAUGCGAGACUCGGAUGUGAAUGACUUGGCUGUUAACCCGGAAGAAUUUAUCCGUCGUGAUAUUGAAGGUUUCGAUAUCCAUACGCGUCGGCGCACAGCUGCUGACCUGCUGCGGGCUGCUCGCACACAGCACCAGCAGCGCACCACGCAGUGCGUGCUGAGCCACGUGGAGAAUCUGUUAACUGAAUUUCAGAAGGAUUCCCAGCGUAAUUGGAAGCAUAACGAGAGUGCCAUUUUUCUGGUGGCGACGUUGGCGGCCAAGGACAGCAGCGAAGAAUGGUGGGGAGCAGCGAUGAUUAAUCCUCACGUAGACGUGGUAAAGUUCGGCCAGCAGUACGUCCUACCGCACAUCCUCGACGGUCCUGGAGACCACGUCGUCCUGUUGGCCGCUUGUCUGAAAUUUGUGGCGGCAUUCGCAGCACAGCUUCCAGUGGAACUGCUGAUGGCCGCUCUGCCCGCCGUGGUUGGCCACUUGGAUUCGGCGUAUUCGGUGGUGCACACGUACGCCGCCCACUGCCUGCAGCGCCUCUUUUCCCUGACCGACCCCACCACCGGCCGGUCACGCCUUUCACCGGCACAAGUCCGCCCGUUUUUGGACUCCAUGGAUGGCACUCCCUUUAAUUCCGCGGCACCCAAUACGCUUUUCUCCCGUCUGCUGGCCUACCGUCCGCUCGACACCGAGCAUCCUGGUGGACGACUGGAUGAGAAUGAAUACACCAUGAAAUGUAUUAUGCGAGCAUUAGCCUUCUUCCAGCUGAGCGGCGAAUUAGUGCCGCAUUUGCAGUACAUUAUACCGCAGUUGCUGCAGCGGAUUGACUAUGAGUAUGCCGUCCAGAACCCGGGAUAUGCGCGCUACGAUCAUUACCUGUUCGAAUCGCUGGCGCUGUGCAUCGGCGUGGCGGCUCGGGCCGACGAGGCGCGUGUUGUGGAGAUGCUGGAAGCGGAAUUACUACCCACUGCCAACCAUGCUGUGGAGAAUUCCGUGGCAGCAUUCCUUCCGUACCUACUGCAACUGCUGGCGCGGCUCCUGGAGACCCGAGCCGGUCGUGGGGACAUUCCUGACGCCUACCUGCCGCUGCUGGAUCGGCUGCUGGAUCCGCAACUGCUGCGCGGCAACGAGACGCUGACGGCGUCGCUGGUCCGACUGGUGGGCGCCUACUUCGAGGCCGGUCCGGCGCAGGUUGUCGGACGACUGGAAGCGGCGUUUGGUCUGUUCGCGAUACUGGUGUCGAACGAGGAGUACGACCACGAAGGAUUCAACCUCUUGCGGUCGAUCAUCGAUAGCAUGCCGCGGGAUAGUCUGCAGGCGCAUCUGGAAAAUGGCAUCUGUCGCCCCAUCUUCCAACGCUUGACGGAUAAUGAAACAGAUCUGCUGGUGGAAAGUCUGGUGCCCAGCCUGUAUCUCAUGGUGGUGCGGCUGGGAGCGGCCACCUUCAUUGGCACUCUCGAUGCGAUACAGCCCGAUUACAGUCUGUUUGCGAUGCUGUUGGAGCACAUCAUGCUGCCGGAUGUGCUCACCGUGCGAGGGACGUUGAAGCGCAAGCUGUGCAUGGUCGGUUGUGUGGCGCUGCUGAGCGACGUGCUGGGCGGCCCCUACAAUGCCAGUUGGUCGAGCAUUCUGGAAACAUGCGUGAAGCUCAGUAAACUGCCAGAAAAAGCGGAGAUGGUGGAAAAUGAUGAGCAUUUAUACGAUCUGCAGUACCAUGAGGACCAUCCGAGAUGUCAUCCCGUGCCGAACCCGGCCGCUGCUGCGUGUCAGCUGCUGUUUGCCAGAAAAGCCGAGAAGGACUACGUCAGCCAUGUCGAUGUGGCUGCUGCCAAAAGGCUGCUGGCCACUCACUUGGAGUUGACCACCGUAUCACAGCCUGCUCAGUAAUUAGAACCAUGGUUACUUACUAGAAUGAUGGUAUUUGUUUUUCUGUUUUCUUAUUGUUUACUGAACAUUUACAUUGUACAUUGACACUGUACAUUGACAGAACGUUAGUUGAAGCAUUCGCAGCCCGGAACAUGCACGCCUUGUAAAGUCGCCAAUUUCGCCGGGCAUUUUUAACGUCGAUAGUUGGGUUCUUACUGGAACAAAGAAAAAUGUUUUGGCUGCCGAUAACAACGCAGCAGUGACACUUGA